CCAGAAAAACUCCACUCGACAUGAACCGCAUCACCGAAGAAUACGACUUCAUCAUCAUUGGCGGUGGUACAGCCGGGUGCACUGUCGCUGGCAGACUCGCAGAGUUAUCGCCUUCCCUUUCCAUCCUCCUCGUCGAAGCAGGAAAACACCCAGAUGGCGUAAAAGCUAUAUCGACCCCUGCUCUGGCCCACACUCUCAUUGAAUCGGAGUACGACUGGGCAUACAAAGCCAAGCUCAUCGACAGACCUGAUUUUCAGCGAGAAGAAGAACAUGUUACUCGGGGCAAGGUUCUUGGAGGAAGCAGCUGUCUUAAUUAUUACUCCUGGCAUCGCGGAAGCGCUGCGUUAUACGACGAUUGGAAGGCUUACGGCGGUGACACCUGGUCGUGGAACGCUUGCAAGUCGUAUUUCGCCAAGUCUGCUUCCCUCAAAGAACCCUACAAUUUACCAGCCUUAUGUACCGAUCCAGGCGAUGUAGGGGAAAAUGGCCCGCUCAAUCUUCGAGCUGUCCCUCCCCUUCCAUUCGCGCAAGAUAUUGUUCAUGCUUGGACUAGCCGAGGUCUUCCUGUAACGAAGGACAUUUUCAGUGGUUCUGUAAAUGGCCUUACCCAUCUUAUUAGCUCCAUUCGUAACGGCAUUCGUACAACGAGCGUCGCUUUUUUACACGGAAAAAACAACAUCUCUGUUCUUACACAAGCAACAGUCAGUCGUAUUGUGAUGGAAAAAGAUGCAGCCUCGGACGCGUAUAUCGCCACUGGUAUAGAACUCGUCGAUGAACAAGGAAAUCCUCGUCGAGUUAUCCGUGCAAGGAACGAAGUUAUUCUCUCAGCAGGUGUAUUUGAGUCCCCCCACAUUCUUCUUCUAUCAGGUGUUGGCCCAAAGUCAGAGCUCGCGUCUCAAGGCAUCGAAUGUAAAGUAGACUCACCUCAAGUAGGGCUCAAUCUCCAAGAACACCCUGUAUUUGCGCAGGUCUAUCAAGUAUCCGACGGACGUGGGCUUGACCACAUUCUCCGUCCUGGGAGUAAAGAUUACGCAGCGGCACAGAGGGAAUACGAUGAAACAGGCAAGGGCCCGCUUGGCUGCGCGUUGCUGGAAAUGUCUGCAUUCACACGACUCGAUGAGAGACUCAAACAGUGCAAGGAGUGGCGAGACCUGGCGAGCAAGCAAGACCAUAAGGAUCCCCUUGGACCGGGAGGACAGCCGCAUUUCGAAUAUGACUUUCUCCCACUCUUCUUCCCUCCGUUUUUACCGCAUAUCGAGACACCUAAAUCAGGUGAUUAUCUUACAGUUGUGACAUCUCUCCUGCGUCCGUCAUCGCGAGGUACUGUCCGCUUGACCUCCAGCUCGCCGACUACGCCACCUUGGAUCAACCUCAACUUGCUCUCUGCACCUGUAGACCUUGCUGCAUUACGUGAGGGAGCACGCUUUAUAAAAGAGGUGCUGGAACGCGGAGAUGGAACCCGCAAUGUAGUGAGAGGUUAUUAUGGUGCAGAUCAAGAAUUGGAAGGGCUGAAUUCAGAAGGCGUAGGCGAUGAUGUGGUGUUGGGACACUGUUCGACAGGGUAUCAUGCCUGCGGUACCUGUCGAAUCGGUAAAGCGGGGGGGGAUAUGGAGGGUGUGGUUGACGAGAAGUUGAGGGUUUACGGAGUGAAGAAACUGCGCAUUAUCGAUGCAAGUGUGUUUCCCGUUAUUCCAGAUGGGAGAAUUCAGAGUGCCGUGUAUAUGGUGGCUGAGAGGGGUGCGGAGAUGGUAAAAAUGGGCUGGGAGCAGGAGAGUACUACUGGAAGGGUGAAAACAGGUGCAGCGUGGGUGUGGAAUACGGCAGGGCGGUUUUCUGAUUUUGCCAGCGAGAUGCUGAGAAGGAAUACUGAGACUAUGAGAAGAGCUUGGGAAUAAUUGCAUAGCACGAAGCUUGUAUUACAUUCUCACCACUAAAAGUAUGUCAUGAAAUCGAACUUGCGUG